AUGGGUGGCCACGGCGGCUGGUCUUGCCUCUUCGUGCUUCUUUUCUUGGUCCCCGCCUUUCCGUCUCUGCACAUCAAGACGCACCCCUUGCGUCCCGACACCUCGCGGUCUCCAGUCAACUCGGAUCAACACGCUCUAUUUGAAGCGCUUUGGGCACCAAGCGUCACCAUCGAUCAAUUUUUGCACCGCUUCUACCGAAAUGAUUGGCUUCACAUUCCAGCAGCCCAGAACGACCUUGAUCCUCGCCUAGCCGCCGCUGAUCCAUGGCUGGAUCACCUGCACAGGGCUGCCGACACUUGGCUCGCGGCCGAGCUUCCGCAGCUGGUUCAGGCCAAUGCCCUCACUGUCCGCGACGCCCAAGGACAAAUCACCUCCGUUCCCGCCCCCAUCCUCAGCAACUGGUCGCUCCUAGCACCACGCCUUCGCCGCGACCACCUCUCUCUUGUGUUUCGCCGUGAACAACUCGAUGCCCAAAACUACAGUGUGUUGGAGACGACUCUCCAGGCCGUUUUCGGAUCAGCGUCUACCACCGCCCAUGCGUACCUCUCCGCCCCAGGAGCACGCGCCCUUCAACCCCAUACCGAUCCCUACGAUGUCAUUGUCGUUCAGCUUGCCGGGCGCAAGCGCUGGCGCCUCUGCACUGGCUGUUUGAAUUGGCCCGAAAGCGACUUGACACGGUUUCACUGCCAGAGCCUCUGGAUGGAGCCGGGGGACGUUCUAUACUUACCCAAGGCCGUGAUUCACGUUGCCGAUGCCCCGCACGCCGAUGAAACGACUUCAAUCCAUCUCACCUACUCACUUGAUCGAGAAGGUGCUACGUGGCACCAUCUCCUGGCAACGGCAGCGUGUGUCACUCCUGCCACGCCCCAUGCAUCUGCCCAUCCGGAUGUCGAAUCAAUGCAAGGCUCGCCCCUGUGUGCUCCCGUGCAGCUCGCUCUACGCUACCUUCUUGCCUCAGAUCUGGCUCUUCCUUGGUUACAAAUAGCCUACGAGCCACUCACUCGUGCCGACGUGGUGUGCCAACGACUGUCCGCACUGGUGCAAGGCCCCGAGCCUUUCACUCUCCAGCAAGCUUUUCAACAAACCCAGGCGUUGGCCUGGUGGAGCUCCCAGGAGCAGCAGUUGGCCUUGGAUGAGCUCAGUGACUGCCAUGCUGUCAUGACCCGCAUUGAACAGGCAGUUCGAGUCUCAAAUUCCAACAAGCAACGACGUGAAGCAGGUUCAACGGCGACCACCCAUGCUACUCUUGCUCAACAACUGGCCCGUGUCACUCGUGAUGCUCCGUGGGUCCCGCCCGGGGUCAGCAAACAGGCUGUUUGUAACGGCUGCAUGCUGACGCAGUGCACCCAGAAUUGCCAAUCUGGCUCGGAAUGCGAUGCCUUGGGUUGUGAUAGUAGUUGUGAUCAAGUGUUGAUGUUGCCGACCAAUUGUGAUGGCGAUUGCGACCCCACUCGUUGUUACAGCUGCACGCAGGGCUGUCAAAAAGCCAGCUGCACCUCGUGCUACUGCCCAGCUGGCUUCUGUGCUCCAACCAACGAUAUCGCCAUCAAUGGUUGUCAAGCCUGUCCUCCGGGCACAUACACGGAUGCACUGAAUACAGCUCCCUCCUGCACCUUUUGUGAAGCGGCAACUUUUCAACCGGCAUCAGCCAGCAAGUUCUGUCUAGCCUGCAACACAGACGGCAAAUUGUGUCCUAUCAAUCAGCAUCAAUCCUCGAAGAAUCACCGGCUCUCCACCUGCACGCCGUGCGAUGCCGGGACUGAGGCACUGGAAGAGGGCAUGGCCAUGUGCACGCCCAUCAAGUGUGAUGAACCACCCGCGGGGCCAUAUAGCAUGGUAGUGGAUCAAGCUCAAAAUUAUUCUGCCUUUGAUAUCGUGCAGUAUGGCUGCGAACCUUUGAUGGAAUUUGCUACUGGUGAGACAGGAGCCCGUCAGUGCCAAAGCGACGGCUCCUGGCCCGUCCCACCCACCUGCGUCCCCAUUCGCAUUGGUUCGGCUGUUACGUACAACAUGACGUUGCGCGCGGAGGACAUUCGACCCGCAGGAGCAGUGGAUGGGACGGCCGUGGUCUGGCCGGAUAUCCCCAUGAUUUUCACCACCGAUGCGGGUGAUUUGGUAUUGCGGGCACCGCACGUCCUCGUGCCCAUGGAAUUGCAAUUAUCAAGCGAUGUCCAAACGUGCAACGGUGGACAUGUGGCUGUCGGGACCACCGCCAACGCCACCCUUUCACUUUGUGCAACUUCUGAUCUGGGUCGCAUCAUCAUCUGGGGCAUGCCCCGCCUUCUCACCAUGGCCGAGUAUGACUUUGAUCCUGUCCGGGUGGCUCGUCUCAACGCCUUGAAUGCAACGCACCUUGAACUUACGGCUGCACGAGUCGUGUUUCAUGGAGCCGCCGUCGAGUUUUUCGUCCAUGGUAUCUGA